GCGCUCUUUAAUGGCGCACUCUUCCACUUCUCCAACCCGUUCAAAGAAAACACAAACCGUCCAUUUUCGAGCAACAUUCCAAACUGCAGAGAUAGCACUUGUCGCGAAGAUCAGAACUCUCCAUCAACACAACGUAGAACUCUCGAUCAAGAAUCUCAAGAAAAAACGAAGUUAUAAUAGUCAAGAAAAAAUGACAGCCAGAAACCAAGUUGGAAGAAAUGACGAGGUGGACCACUUUAGAGUGGAAUAUGCUUCCAGGAUUCUAUUCCAUGACAUGAAUCUAGACAAAGCUGAAACCAUUAGAAAAAGUAAUGCAAUAAGACUGUCCAAGCCAUCCUCAUUUUUAUUGAGUCCAUAUUGUCAGAUAGAUUCUAAGGAUAUUGACACUGUUUAA